ACCCUACACACAGAACGGCCGCAGGCUGCGCUGCUGCGCCUUCCCGGAGCGGGCGCGGCCGCUCCCACGGGAACGUGGGCCUGCAGGCUGCUGGGGCCGGUAGUUCUCGCUGGGUGCCCGGCCCGGCCCGGCCCGACCUGCGCUUCCUUGUCCCGGCCGUGGGGAAUCGAGACCGGCGGGCUCAGAGAGCCGGCGGCGAUGGCACAACAAGAAACCCACCAGCCUCCAGAAGCUUUAACUCUUUGCUGUGGAAGAAGCUCAGAGUGACAGCAGAAGCAGCCUACAAAAACAGAUAUAUCUAUUCGACUCUCAAGGUGUGGAUGAUCAUGGGAGAACAACUGUUAAAGAACAGCGUCCUUGAUCAAUUUAUUAGUAGCCAUGAGCAGUCAUAUGAGGAGUUUCUAAAUACAUUCACAUAUCUUUUGAAAGAGAAAGAAGGAAAGACAAUUCAGGGAAGUAAAGUGGACUCCUUAAGAAAAAAAAGUUUUACUUCUGAAUUACCAAACAGAAAUAAACAGGAUGUCUUGCCUGAAAGAAGCAAAGAAAUGUGGAUGUCAUUUCCACCACGGAUGCCAAAUGAGAAGGAGACAGUGAUGAGUGAGAGCUCAACAGCUGGUGUCUUGGAUGCAAAUAAUCUCAGUUUGUCUGAAAGAGUGAAGGUGGACAAAUACUUAAACUUGGAAGAUGUAGACACAGAUGAAGAGAUGUGCAAUGCAGGAUCAUUAGUUCUUCCAGGAGAGGUGGAAGAGACAGUGGCUUGCUGUACACCCUCCUUUGAUAAGCCUAUUCAGCCGAAGUUCAGAGCCUGGUCAGUUCCCCAGCCAUCAGAAAGCAAAGCCCAAGAGCUACUGGGCGAUGAUGUUCAACCAUUCUCAUUUGAUGAAGAAUUUGAUUAUGACAAUGUGGCAUUGACCCCGAAGUUCUCUGAAGCUGAGCUGAAGGCCAUUAUAGAGUUGUUUGAAGAGAAAAUGGUACAAAUGUCAAAUCAGCACAAGCUGAAGACUGAGUCAGAGGUGUUAUGUGCAGGGCUGUUGGAAUGACCUUUUUAUGGGAGGAAUGUAGCUCCUCUUUGUACCUUUAUUUAGUGUUCUUAUCUGCAUGGCCAGUAAAUGGCAUCCCUGAGAUUUGUCAUUUAUUCUGUCAAGGUGCCUUGGAUCCUGUACUGGCUCAGGGUAGGUGUGCUGGAGUGACUUCUCCAUGGGAGCAAAACAAGCUGGUGGAUUUCAGAAUAGCAUCGUGGCUACUCUUGCUUAUAUCUGGUACUCACCCAGUUCCUGUGUAGUACAAAGCUGGUCCUAAAGCUUACCUUGUUCUUUCAGUAAAGCAAUUAAAAGUUUUUUAACAGCUGACAAAACAGUUUAUGAACUCUUUAAAUGUAUAGAGAUAUAUGAGUGAAUAAAUCUGGGAAUAUGUUUUUUUUUCCUCUAUCUUUUGAGUUACUUCAGUUCUGCAAAAAAUAAACAUUCCUGUUUCCAACAAACUUCUUGUCUUGAUCAAAAUUGACAUGGUACAACUCAUAAAAUUAAAACAGUAACUGGUCAAACCACCCGCCGCCACCUUCCACACAGAGGAAAAAAUAGCGAUCUCAUCCAUUAAAGGAAUUGGCAUUGAAAGGCUGUCAGAUUUUAGAUUUUUUCACAAGAGAUGAUUCCAAAUAACAACUUAUAGCUUACACUCUGCAUCACUGAAAUACAGCAAGCUGGAGUUGAAUAAAGGUCAGCUAUAUGGGUGGAAGAGAAGAGUGUGGCACCUCUGACACAAGGUAGUAUGUACUCCUGCUCUGAAGAGUUCAGAAUCCUUUGUUUUCAGUAACUGUAGAAGCUUUGCCAGUUGAGGCUUGGUUUAAAAUCGCAAUGCUGCAUUGUAUUUUUGGUCGUUUUCUGAUAUAACUGCAUUCACUAAAGUUUACUGACCAGCAUUUUGUCCUUGACCUCUCUCUAUUAUUUCUGAAGGGGGUGAUUAGCAGGAUAAAUGCGGGAAGAGUGCCCAAGCAGACUGACAGGGCACCAAACCAUAGGUUUGUUUAAAGGCUGUGGAUGAAUUUACUGUGGCCGGUGGGCUGCUUCAUUGCCAGUAAUUUAUGAAAGCAAAGAAAGAUCUUCUGAUGUUCCAAAGGAGAUUUUCUGGAUUAGUGAUUUUGUAAACCAUAAUAAUGCUCCACUGAAAUCUGAGUAGCAUUGCUUUUGAGGAAUGGUAUUUACCUUGAUUAGGGGAUAUAAUUUAAGAGUGAGAUUCAAAAAAAAAAAAAAAAAAAAAACAGAAAAGAAAGAGCUCUCACAGAAGAUAUUUAAGGAGACUGAUACAAAAUUACAAGUAUGUUGUAUAGAAAAACUGGUUUGUACAGGACCUUGCUGGUAGAAGGUAUUGGGAAUUUUUUUUAACAUCCGCAUUCAAAAAAAUGCCUGUGCUGUAGUUAAAAUGCUUUUAAAAAUGUAAUUGGCUGUGUAGCAGAUUCUGGUGGGUUUUCUGAAACUUUUUUUUAAAUGUGAAUUUAUUUUAAUUCAAUAAAGUGUUUUGUUGGA